GCUCUCCCUCCGCCCUCUCUACUUGGCCCGCGAGGUGUUCACUCGCAGUACUAGUGUGCGGAUCCGCUUCGAGCCAAAGGAUGAUGCGCGCGCUCCAAAUGAUCCUCUGCGCUUUGGCGCUGCAGCUCUUGUACCACGUCCAUUCCUUUCCGGUAGGGGAGAAGAAAAUCAGCCACAGGUACAAAGCAGCGGCGACUUGGCCUGAGAAAUCUCAUCAUUAUGGACUCAAGAAAAGAAGCAGGCUGCCGCAUAUCCAGGACACUCUGAAGGACGAAUCGGGCGCAAUCAAGGGGAGCCACGGGAAGUCCAGUGUCUCCAGGAAUGACACAGACCUGUGGAAGCGCCGUCGCUGUGGAGUCCCAGACUAUCCUGGCAAGACCAGAGGUGCAGGGAUCGGGUAUCUCCCAGCAGCAAAAGCCCAUGGAGUGCAUCACCGGCGCAAGCGGUUCGUCUUAUUCGGAGGGCGAUGGGACAAGACUGACCUCACUUAUAAGAUCAUGCGCAUGCCAUGGCAGAUGAAUAAGGAGCAGGUUCGCCUGGUGCUGCAGGAAGCACUGAAGGUCUGGAGUGAUGUCACACCCCUCACCUUCACGGAGGUCCCCAGUGGCCGGGCCGACAUCGUCAUCGACUUCACCAGGUACUGGCAUGGCGAUAAUCUACCCUUUGAUGGCCCUGGGGGCAUUCUGGCUCACGCGUUUUUCCCCAGAACGCACCGGGAGGGGGACAUUCACUUUGACUAUGAUGAAACCUGGACUGUGGGUAAUAAUAUGGGCACUGACCUGCUGCAGGUGGCGGCCCAUGAGCUGGGUCACGUCCUAGGCCUGCAGCACUCGCUGGUCCCUGGCUCCAUCAUGUCCCCCUUCUACAGCUUCUCCUACCCGCUGCGUCUCAGCGAGGACGACAAGCGUGGCAUCCAGUACCUCUAUGGCGCCCGCGGCUCUCCAGAAAGGACGCCGCCCCCGGUCAGCACAGAGACCAAUGAGAUCGAGCCUGCUGUGCCUGACGCCUGUCAGACAAGCUUUGACGCAGUGUCCGUGAUCCGAGGGGAGCUCUUCUUCUUCAAGUCCCGCUACGUGUGGCGCAUCCGUGACGGGCACCUGCAGCCCGGCUACCCGGCUCUGGCCUCCCGCCAUUGGAAAGGAAUCCCGGACAACAUCGACGCCACCUUCGAGGACAAGACUGGGAACAUCUGGUUCUUCCAAGGUAAAAGUUACUGGGUGUUUGAUGGGGAGCGUCAGAUCACCGGGCCUGACUUGGUCCACCACCUGGGGCUCCCCGUAUCGGACAUCCAGGCCGCCCUGAUGUGGGGGGAGGACAAGGCCCAGAAGACCUUCUUCUUCAAGGAUGGGAACUACUGGCGCUUCAACCUACAGGAGAACCGCGUUGACUCGACCCACCCCAGGAACAUGCACGACUGGAGAGGGGUACCCACCCACAUCGAUGCUGCUUUUCAGGACAAAUACGGCUACGCACACUUCCUAAGUGGAAAGAGGUACUGGAAGUUUGACCCAGUGGAAGUGCGGGCUCUGGAGGGCUACCCACGCUACGUCGGCAUGGAUUUCUUUGACUGCCCUAUGUCAUUGUAUCAUUAGUUGUGAAGGAGGAUGAAUACCUAUAAAGGAGAACUUUGGACCACAAGCAGAAGCCUCUUGGCGUUCCAACAUUCCAUGUUUGUUCUUGCAGACAAUGACAGGUUUCCCUCCCCCUGAGUUCAGCACAAUAUUAAUGUUGUUAUUGACACUUCAAAUAAUUCAAUCUGACCUAGCCACAAACCACAGAACCUUCAUUCAUUACAAGCCUGGCACUGAUUAUACAACACAUGGCACUGAUAUGCAGGUAUUAACAUCUUUGGAGUAGAGUGAAGAACUUUUUUUAGUUUGGCGAUUUCAUUUUAUGCUCACUGAGCCUUUAUAUGUGUUCAAGUAUAUGUAACAACAUCAGUUGCUACAGUUUAUGCAUCGCAUGUUAUGCUAAUGUAACUGGUAGGACCCGUAGGCUGUAAUGUUGGCCUUCAGCUCCACACUCUUGGAAUAGAAAGGUUCAUUGGUUUGUUUGGACAGGGGAUCCUAAGAAAAACUUGGUCGCUGCACACUCUAUCUCUUAAUUCUUUUAUUCCAACGUUGGAAUAAAAGAAUUAAGAGAUAGAGUGUGUGGCGCCCAAGUUUUUCUUAGUUUAUUUUCCCUUGCCAGCACCUCGGAGGGUGUGCAUUCUUUUCUAUAUUUAUAUGGACAGGGGAUCCUGCCGAGAACUUUCAAAAUGCUGUGUCUUGAACCUUAUGGGUUUUGUCAAGACUAAGAAUCCCAAAGAUUAACACCUUUACACCUGGAUAUGUUUUGAGCAGAACCUUUGUUGUUUUCACUCCUGGUUGGAAAAAGUUCUACAGAGCACCUUCUGUUCUCCUAGAGUGCAGGUUAUAUGUCUUCCACUCAGAUGUCGCCCUCUCAGGGAAAGCAUAUGACAUAUGCAUAUUACGUAUUCACUGAAUAUUGCUUUGAUGACCUUGUUAUAUGGCUUACUUUUGUUGUCGUUGCCGUUGUUGUUGUUGUUUUAUACAUAUUGGUGCUACGUUUGACAGGGAAGGUUGCUUUGUACCUCAGCCAUUACAUUCACCUCUGGUGGGACAGCACACACGCCUAGUUAUGAUCAGUACAUGGCCUGAAGCUCAACUGGUGCUCCGUCCUACACAGAGAAAAGACAUGCAUGAGACAUGUAGUGAAUUUAUGUUUUAAAUGUUCAAUGUUUUUCGUUCUAUUUCUGGAAACAUAUGUUCCAGCCUAUGCUGUGCUCGGAACAGAGGGUACUCGGAGCACCUCCAAAGUUUCACUGCCACGGGGCAAACCUUCAAACCCCCUUGUUCAAUGCAAAUGCACACCCAUCCAAAUCUUUUUCAUGUGUUUCUUAUGAAUAGAGAGGUGGAGGGACUGUCCCAAUUGUGGGCCUGGGCUCCAGCCUCCUGCCUCCGUACGGUUUGCUGUUACGUUCCACAAGGUGCAGUGCAGGCCACUGAUGCCGUUUCCACUUCUUUGACUUGUUCACCUCUUCAACAGUGGGUUGUGUCCAUGGGACCUGCCACCCGCACUGCUAGUUUGGUCAGCAGAGCAUCGCCUGCACAGCAUUCAUUACAGUGGCGUUGGAUUCAUCGCAAUGAAUCUUUUCAUGUGUAACUUUACGCCUCUCAUUACGAUUUGAUGAUUAAGUAACAUAUUUACUGUGUAAAUACAUUUGUAUAAAUUCUGUAUUAUAUUUUG